AUGAUAUUUGUUUUGUGUUUGGUGAUUAAUGCUGGAAGCCCUGCAGUUUUCUCUAUUCAUGAUACACUCCACAAAGAUAGAGAAAUGAACAGAGAUAACAAGCCUCCUAUCAAAACUAUUUAUACAAAUCAUGGAGACAUUGUUGAUUGUAUUGAUAUUAACAAACAAUCAGCUUUUGAUCAUCCUUUAUUAAAAGAUCAUAAGUUACAGAAAAAACCUAGUUUUAGAAAACUAACUAAAAAGACAAGUAUCAAGAAUUUACAAGAUAGAUCUUUAUUUGGACUUGAUAAAGACCAAUGUCCAAAAGGAACAGUCCCUGUCCGGAGAUCUAUUAAGGAAGAUGUUAUUCAAGAAAAAACAUCAUCAAAUAAUAGUAUUUUAGUCCAAGAACUUCCUGGUCUUCACCUUGCAGAAAUGGCUCUUUCUUCAAAAUUUGGUCCAUAUCUUGGAGUGAGAGGAAUACAAAGCAUUUAUAAUCCAAAAGUAACUAAAGAUCAAAUGUCCCUUUCUCAUCUGUGGAUUCAAAAUGAUGGUACUGCCAAAGUCAGUCUUGGUUGGCAAAAUGACAAUUACCACAAAACGGGAUGCUAUAAUGUUGAAUGUCCAGGUUUUGUUCAGAUUCAUCGUAGAAUUUAUAUUGGUGCACCUUUUAUACAUUCAUCUCCUUAUGGUGGACAGAUUUAUGAUUUUAUCACUGCUAUUAAUCAGGAUCCAUUGACGAAAAACUGGUGGCUAAGUGUAAAAAACUAUGAUAUUGGAUAUUUUCCUGCGAAAUUGUUCUCCAACUUGAAAAUGGCAGCUAAAGUAGGAUGGGGUGGAAGAACGUUAACUUCUCGGGGUUCUCCUAGCCCUCCGAUGGGAUCAGGACAUUUUCCUGAUUUGAUCAUUGCUCAUGCUAGUUUUUUCAGAGAGAUCUCUUUUAAAAAUACAUCAAAAAGGAAUUUUGGACCUGAACGCUACCAAAUAGAAGAGUACAUUGAUAAACCUGAUUGUUUUGGUCUUAGGUACUAUGGUGAUGUUGGUAAAAGCCUUCACUGUUUUCUUCAAUUUGGAGGACCUGGUGGUAAUUGUGGAAAUUGA